GGUUACCUGUGUAGGAACUUUAUCGCUGUGUGGGGUUGUUGACGUGGAUUUUGCGUCCACAUAGUUGAGGGCUGAAGGGCAAGUGACUUUGCCUUAUCCGGAUACCAGACCUCUGCUUCCAGAACCUGACGCAGUCUGAACAGCUCAGUUGUUCCAUACCAUAACCAUCUGAACACUGUGCUUAUUUUUGGGUAGAUUUUGUAACAGUUAGGCAGUGGCACCAAUCCGUCUCCUAAUCUGGAGUUCUGCAAAACAUUCAAACUUCUGUUUUCUUCGGUGUUUCCCCUUUGGCUCACGAUAAGACUUCAGCGACCACAAUGCCCGACGUCAGACCUAAACCGGUUCCGACCCAGUGUGUCGGCCCUGACUACCGCUCAGAAAGCCAGAAACCCACGGCGGCGGUCUCGGUCGGCGUAGAGUUUGACACCGUCACUGUCCUACCUCAGACCCCGCAGCUCAUUGCGCUGCUCUCGAUCAUUCGCGAUAAGGAUACCCAGCGAGGCGACUUCAUCUUUUACUCCAACAGGAUUAUUCGUCUCCUGGUGGAGGAAGGCCUCAACCACCUCCCCACCGUUGAGCACACAGUCACGACCCCAGUUGGGCGGCCCUACGAUGGGCUAUCAUUCCAGGGCAAGAUUUGCGGCGUCUCAAUCAUGCGGGCUGGCGAGGCAAUGGAGCAGGGUCUGAGGGAGUGCUGCCGAUCAGUGAGAAUCGGCAAGAUCCUGAUCCAGAGGGACGAGGAGACGGCCCGGCCGAGGCUCUUCUACGACAAGCUUCCGGAGGAUAUCGCCAACAGAUGGGUCCUCCUGCUCGAUCCCAUGCUUGCGACAGGUGGCUCUGCUAUCAUGGCUGUCGACGUACUCAAGUCGCGGGGCGUGCCCGAGGAACGCAUUCUAUUCCUCAACGUGCUCGCGAGCCCCGAGGGUAUCCGGAACUUUGCGACCAAGUUCCCCAACGUUCGGCUAGUGACCGCAUUUGUUGACCAGGGGCUUGACGAUAAGAACUACAUCAUUCCAGGGCUUGGCGAUUUUGGCGACAGGUACUAUACCCGGUGAGGCAUGACAUGAUACCGAUAGCAUUGCGUUACAGCAGAAAGAAACGACAU